AUGCCAGAUGAUAGUCCUGCCGCCAGUCCGGCCCCCGUCGGGGCCCGCAUUCACAAAUCCUGCGAUGCGUGUAAGACACGAAAAGUUCGCUGCCCCAGCUCCGGUCCGCCUGGUCCUUGUGCAAACUGUGUGCGGCGUGAAACAGAAUGUCGCUUUAGUGUAAAGAGACUAGCACAUAGAAAAAAUGUUGCUGGCCAGCUGUUACCAAAAAACUACGACUCCAGUAGCCGGCAGACUCCCAGCGCUCCCGACGCCAAAGCCGUCCUAGAUCUAUCAACUUCUGGCCAAAAGAGAAGUUCAAAUUCAAAAUCACCAGAACCACGAUCACCGCCCCACCGCAUUCAAGAAUUGUACGUCGACCGCGUACUGUUGAAAGCACAGAGGCCAAGAACUUCCAAUCAUAGAAAGGAAGAUGACCUAGUGUUUGUACCGCGUAGUGGCAUUUUCGGUGGUCGCAACAGCCUGACUUUUUUCUCAGACAGCCGGCUGCUUUCUCUCUCAACACGUCUGCGCAACAACAGAGUCAACGAACUUGUGGGGAGAAUAUCUACAGUUGUGAACGGGCGACUGAGACGUGAUGAUUCAAGUGUUCCUCCACGCCGUAUGCAACAACCAGAUCUCGUUAUCGACAGGGCAAAGGCUUCUUUAUACACCAGACUAUAUUUCGAACGCGUACACUCUCUCUUUCCAAUCCUUGACAAAGCAUUGUUUGAGGCCACUGUCUCCGGAAAGGACUUCCCUUCUCAUCUAAAACUUAGCAAGCCAUUGUCGUGUUUGUAUUAUACAGUGCUCGCUUUAGGCUGUCAAUAUGCUGGCGGAGGGACUUUCGAGGCAGGUAAAGGGGAAUCCUGGAACCUGUUUGCUGUCGCUCUUAGUGGGUUCUCGGACCUUCUGCUCCUCCCAGACUCCCUCACCACGCUCCAGGCCUUAACUCUCAUGUCGAUAUAUGGGUUGGGUAUAUCUGGGGUGGCUGUAGAACCAGUUAUCAUGUCCGAGGCAACAAGGCGGGCGCAGAUGAUGUCGAACAGCAACUUAACCGGAAGCGCAGCGCACGCUUACCAAAAGACAUUUUGGAUCCUCUAUUCCAUUGAAAAAAUCUCAAGUUUCCAUUUUGGAAGGAGUUCAGGGUUUGUUGAUAGCGACAUAUCAUGUCCAAUACCUAUAGUCCCUGAGGCAAGCUUUGGGAAUUUUAACUCAUUUUUGCACUUUAUCCGGUUUGGACGUCUUCUUUCCCGCGCAUAUACAUCUUUGUUCUCAGUGGGUGUAUCGGGAAAUUCCAACUCGUACUAUCUCGACGUCAUAAGACAAUUGGCUGAAGAAUUAGAGGAGUGGCGAUCGUCCUUGCCCGACAGUGGUUUCCAACCAAAGGGGCGUGUUCGCCCUCAGGCUCUUUCGGGCAGCCUCGCAAGAUCCAUGGCACUUAUGAUUCACUACCUUUACUACAGCCUUCUUCUCACUUUAUCAAUGACUUCAUUGGUAUACUUGGCCAAUCCCGAAGAUUCAACUGCCUUGAUGCAAAAGAGUUCUCAUCUGAAAACUGUUUUAAACGCAUCUCAAGCUGUUCUGGAAUUGACGACCAUUAUUGACGUGGAACCCUAUACAGUGACCUGGGUAAUUGCCGGAAUCCCCAUAUCGGCUUUAUUUGUGAUAUUCGAUAUUGUUGUUCACGACCCUCGACAGCCAGGUACAGCUACAAACUUAGCACUCCUCGACAUAGGAGCUGGCCAUUUUAGCAGGAUUGAGUACGCAAGUGGAGGCACCGUUCCAGGGUCUUUAAUCGGGGAGUUCGCCAACAUUGCACGGGACUAUGUGAACGAAGUACAGCUCUCCGAGUUGAAACCCACAACCCUUGCAGGGACUUCACCGAACGUGUCAGACGUGGCACCUAUGACAAUUGACCCCCCUGGAGACGGAGUAAGGAAUAUUAAACAGCCUACUUCCAUGAACUUGGAUCUGUCAGCCGCCGACCAACAGUGCGUCCCAUCUACGCGGGCCCCUCCGGGAGCCGGAAGAAGACGCGUGGUAAAAGAUUUACUAGAGAGGCUGAACCAAUGCGAGUCGCUCUUAAAUCAGGUCACUCCGCGUGAUGCGGACGGCCGCUCUAUCGCGGGUGGAACUCCUGCGGCAGACAGCCCUUCAAUGUCGUAUAUGAGUUAUGAGGAAGCUCGCAAACAACCGAGCCAAAGACCCAAUGGAAAAAUCGUUCUUGAUGGGGGCCGCCGUACCUUUAUGGAGAGCCCUCUUCGGUCAAAUGUCGUUGACCAUUUACAAUUUUCGAAUUUAAGCCUUGACGAUGAGGCUGGCGAGUCCACAGACUCCCCGGACUCUGUUGCAACUUCAGAUGUCAACGACAACGGGAACCUCAGCAGUCGGGGAUCCAUGGACUUUGAUCUGUUAGCUCUAGGUCCAGUGGAAAUGCUCCGUUUAUGGCAAGUGUUUCUAGAACGCGUAAAUCCCAUGACGAAAGUCAUACACGUGCCGAGUCUGGAACCCCUCGUCUUCGAAGCAGCUACAGAUCACGGCAAUGUCACCCCCGAUAUUGAGGCUUUGCUAUGCUCCAUCAAUGUACUCGCAAUAAUGGCUCUCUCAGAACUCGAAUCUGAACAGAUUCUCAAAAUCUCAAAGGAAAAAGCUCUCGAGAAGUCAACUUCUGCCUUGCGAAAAGCACUCACAAGGGUGGACUUUCUCCGAAGGUACAACCUUACUAUCUUGCAGUGUCUGGUGUUGUAUUUGGUCUCGCUUCAAGGUCAAUUCGACCGCUAUGCGUCUUGGGUUUUGACAGGAACGCUGGUAAGGAUAGCUCAAAGGAUGGGACUUCAUCGCGAUGGAGAGUUCCUAGACUUACCGCCUUUUGAAACGGAAAUGCGUCGACGAAUAUGGUGGCAGAUAAUCAUGUUGGAAACCAAAUACGCCCUUCUUGCAGGAUUCUGCGACACUUUACUACCACCUAACUGGGACACCAAGCUUCCAAGCAACCUCAAUGAUGCUGACCUAUUACCUGGCUCCCAAGAGCCUUUACGCUCACGAGAUGGAGCAACCGAGAUGGCCUUAUGUUUGAUUUUAUACGAAUCUCGACAAUUCUUCUGUGAGAAUCCUGUACCGGAAUUUGAGGCAGCGAUCUUGGGACAAGCCAACCCUAACACAGAGGACCCAACAAAACUCAUUGGAGCCCAGUCACUGGACAAAUAUGGAUUUCUCCUAGAUCAGUUGGAAGAGCGUUUGAUCGCUGCCGAACGACGAUACUGCAAUCCUACUAUUGGCGGUAUCCAUAAAGUAGCUUGCAACGUUCGUGUCAUGAUAACCGAGCGGAUGCGCGAUCUGAUUACCCACGCACGGGAGCCUCCUAGUGAGAACCUUGAAGGCUUGGGAAGUCAGCAAUCUUUCUUCCGGGCAUGGGUGAUUAACUUUGAAGGCGACCUCAAGUGGUACGACAUUAUAGACGAGAAGUUUCUGUGGUACUGUAAGCUUCACCUGCAAACGGACGCUCUUUCUGUCAUGAUCGAGUUGCUGCAGUGGCAGCCAACGGGCAUCUUUGUGGACAGAGCAUGGAGGCUAGUCGAUAAAGUAUACCUCCACCACCCAGAACUUUAUGAUUUGAGGAAGAAGGACAAUGGUCAGAGAGCGAAGAACCUGAUUGCCGGGUGGCAGCGGCGUGAGCUGGCAUUCCGCAACAUUGGCCAGACCAUUGAGGCGCCGGCCGUGGUUGAGAGGUUGAGGAAAUAUGAAUGUUUCUCUUCUAGCCAGCCCAUUCAUUUGGCUCAGCAAUGGCCGGCCCAGGCUGCGGCUGCCCCUGCGGACGCUACACUGUUUCCCGGCCUGGAAAGCUCACAACUAGAUGGGUUUGAUGGUAACAUCUUUUUGGAUACCAACGCGGCGUCUUUCUUCUAUGACAGUCUGGAUAAACAUCCGCUUGGGUAUUAA